UUUUUCUUAAUAUCCUUGCUGUUUUUACUGGUAUGUACCUUCUGUUGCUAAAUUCAGUUAUCACAUUUUCUUCAACUGCGAGGAUAAUCUUUGGUGGUGCACUUUUUUUGCUUGUUCUUCCCUUGUGCAUCCCGGGAAUUGUAUAUGCUCGUAAUUGGUCUCUGAAGAAUGUUAUUGCGAGUUUUCGUUUGCAAGGUUCUGGUUAUAACCUUGUAGAUGUUGAUGAUCACGAGCUUCAUAAAGAGUUACUUAUCGGGCAGGAUGAGUAUUACAAGCAUUCCAUGAUUGGUACUAUGAAAAGCAAGGUGACUGUGAAGAAUCGGUUGUUGGUUCUUGGAGAAGAACACCCUGCCAGAGAUCUUGUUAGCAGAAUGGAUUUUUGGUUAUACUAUGUUGCUUACUUUUGUGGAGGUACAAUCGGGUUAGUGUACAGUAAUAAUCUGGGGCAAAUUUCACAGUCCCUUGGGUUUGCUUCCAAAACUACUGAGCUCCUUACACUUUAUUCUUCGUGCUCCUUCUUCGGCCGGUUGCUCGCUGCUGCCCCUGACUUCUUGCGCGAGAAGCUGCAUUUCGCAAGGACAGGGUGGUUGGCAAUUGCACUCUUACCUACUCCAAUCGCAUUCUUUUUGCUCACUGCAUCCAGUAGUGAGAGGGCAUUGGAAGUUGGUACAGCUUUGAUUGGGUUGAGCUCCGGGUUUAUUUUUGCAGCUGCAGCUUCUGUUACUUCGGAGUUAUUUGGACCCAACAGUAUGGGUGUCAACCAUAAUAUACUGAUCACUAACAUUCCUAUUGGUUCUCUUGCUUAUGGAUUACUUGCAGCAGUGGUUUAUGACAGUAAUGUUAAAUCAUCGGGAUUGACUAUCAUGGAAGUAGUUGACGGAGUAUCGAUUUGUAUGGGAAGACAAUGUUACUUGCAGACAUUCUUCUGGUGGGGUGUUAUCUCAUUGUUUGGCUUGUCAUCCAGUAGCCUUCUUUUCUUGCGCACAAAACCUGCUUAUGAUCGCUUCGAAAAGAAUAUGAUUCUGACAACUGAUAGUGUUUAUCGAAACCUUCUUUUCCCAUAAUGCAUUUUGUUAGUAAACAAGAGCCAAGCCGAUUUGCAUAAUGGUGAAGCCUUCUUAGGUCAAGAUCCCAAGUCUCUUUGGUAGAACGCAUUUUCUCCAAUGGAUGAUGAGUUGUUUCCAGAACGGGAGAUGGAGGUUUUGCGCAUGUCAGAUGGUGCUCAGACAGCUCUAGGCUUUAAGUUCAAGCUUCGCCAGCUGCAAGACAAUCAAAACCAACAGCUGCUACAUGGGUUGUCUCUCUAUAGUAUGAUUCCGCCGGUGUUGAAGUUAACUGAUCCACUUCCUUUAUAGGCGUUGUAAGUAAUUUCGGAACUAGAACUGAACCGAGUUAGAUUUAUUUUGGGGGCCUGCACGAUAACUUUGUGUUCUUCCAACCCUGAAGGUGACGGGUUGAUGCAUAUAUUUCUUAAAUUCCUUCUUGGCCGGAGCUUCCUGUUCAGGUAUGAACAUGUUCCACAUCCAGAUAGAAGAGCUCUCUACUCAUCGUUCAGGGAUACCUACGCAGUUUUGUGUUUUCACCAAAUUCAUUGUACAUUUCUUAAAGCUGCUGCAUGUGAAUUUAUCAAAUUCAAUGGGGGUUACCAUAGAACC